GACCCUCGCAGCAGCGGCCUGAAACACGCCAACUACCAGAGCCUGGAACACGCCAACAACCAGAGCCUGGAACACGCCAACAACCAGAGUCUUGAACACGUCAAAAUCAGAGCCAGAACACGCCAACAACCAGAGCCUGGAACACGCCAACUACCAGAGCCUGGAACACGCCAACAACCAGAGCCUGGAACACGCCAACAACCAGAGCCUGGAACACGCCAACAACCAGAGCCUGGAACACGCCAACAACCAGAGCCUGGAACACGCCAACAACCAGAGCCUGGAACACGCCAACAACCAGAGCCUGGAACACGCCAACUACCAGAGCCUGAACACAACUACCAGAGCCUGGAACACGCCAACUACCAGAGCCUGGAACACGCCAACUACCAGAGCCUGGAACACGCCAACAACCAGAAGCCUGAACACGCCAACCAGAGCCUGGAACACGCCAACAACCAGAGCCUGACGCCAACAACCAGAGCCUGGAACACGCCAACAACCAGAGCCUGGAACACGCCAAAAUCAGAGCCAGGAACACGUCAAAAAUCAGAGCCAGAACACGCCAACAACCAGAAUCUUGAACACGCCAACAACCAAAGCCUGCAAGCACCAGCAACCAGACUGGAACCGCCAACAACCAGGCUGGAACACGCCGCCAACCAGAGCCUGGAACACGCCAACUACCAGAGCCUGGAACACGCCAACAACCAGAGCCUGGAACACGCCAACUACCAGGGCCUGGAACGCCAACAACCAGAGGCUGGACGACGCCAACUACCAGAGCCUGGAACACGCCAACAACCAGAGCCUGGAACACGCCAACAACCAGAGCCUGGAACGCACGCUACCACCAGAGCGCGGAACACGCCAACUACCAGAGCCUGGAACACGCCCUACCAGAGCCUGAACACACCAACAACGCAGAGCCUGGAACACGCCAACAACCAGAGCCUGGAACACGCCAACAACCAGAGCCUGGACGCAACCAACCAGAGCUGGAACACGCCAACAACCAGAGCCUGGAACACGUCAAAUCAGAGCCAGGAACACGCCAACAACCAGGAAUCUUGA